GAUCAUAAUACUGGUCAACCAUAUAUUAACAGUAAAGUGACUUAUGGAUGGGAUUGGCGUCAAAUCGAUGGUGAAUUAGCUGAUAUCAGUGAAAUUGGUGAUAUAAUAACAACUGAAGGGAAUAAAAUGAAGAUUAUAAAUAUUAAAUAUAAUACACCUAAAAAAGGUCGAUGCCUUAUAACAAUAUGGCCUAAAGAAGAUAAUUUCACUGAACAAUCACCACAGACCUAUUCAUCUGAUUUAUUCUUUACAAAUAUACAACCAUUGAAUACAAUUCGUAGUCUACAACCAGAGGAAAUACUUCCAGUUGAUGUAUCAGAUGAUAAAGUGAUAAUUGACAUUAUACCUAUGGAUAAUGAUAAACAACAAAUUAGUUUAACUAUAAAUGAUGAUAAAACUGAUGAGAUUCGUGCUAUUGCAAAAUUAGCUACAACUGAUACCCCAUUAGAUGAUACAACGAAUCCACAAUUCAUUCGUUAUUCAUAUGAUUUAGCAUAUAUUAGUGGUUUACCAGCUCAUACUGGUGAAUUAGGUGAAUCAAUAUUAUUCAAUAGUAAAAAUGGUAGUUUAAUCAUAAUGAAUCCACAUUAUACAACGAAACCAUUGAAAAUACGAUUUAAUGUUAUUGUGAAAUCUAUUGAUGAAUUGAAUAAUAAUGCAAAUGAACAAGAACUAAAUGAAUUAGAUAAUCAACAAAAGGAAUCUAAUUAUCCAUUGAAAAGAUAUCGAACAGAUUAUUAUCCUAUUGUUAUUAUAUCAGCUAAUGAAAGUGAAAUACCAAUUUGGUCAAAACAUCCUGUACCUGUUUAUGAUAUAAGUGGUAGAUCAAUCAAGGUACAAAUUGAUGGGCUUGAUGAUAAUGGCAAUGCAGCUGGAAUACCUGGAGAAGAUUUGAAAUUAACGUGUUUAGUAUUAGGUAUGUAA